AGACGUUUGGCCGAUGGGAUUGGAUCGCGCGUUGGGGUAGUAGUGGUAGACUAAAGCCUGCUGGCGGAGCUCGCGAUUGUGUCGAGAGACCGACUUGAAUGUGUGUACAAUCCCGAGGUGCAUCAUCGUGGCGUGCGUAUCAUCUGCGAUUUUUUUUUUUUCCAUUGCCUAUCGCGCGACUCGUGCAGGUCUUCGCGCAAACGCGCGUGUGGUAACGUAACCGCGAAACAAUAAUCGCGUACAAUAAUCUAUUUUCCUGGCAAGUGUUGCGAGAGAAACGAUCUUGUUGAUUUGUGUUGACACAUUCGCGCAAAAGUAAACAGCGCUCAGCAAAGAGGGGAAGGAAGCGCGACGAUCGCUCGAAGUGCUCGGCGAUACCUCGUGAAGGCAGCUGGCGAUACAACUUUGCGAGAUCGUUUCCGCUCGUUCCCGCAUUCACCCCACGCGUAUCGCGGCAAACGAUUUAUCCGAGAACGAUCUCGUGGAUCGCGAGCGUCGGGGCGACGACGACGAGGCCGACGACACAUGGACAGAAGCGGCGAUACAUGGAAGAGGAAGGAUCGGCCGUCAGCUGAGGGGGAGACGGGUAUUCCGUGCCGAUCGUCAGAUUCGAGCUCUAACAAACGAUCGCGCCGACGAUCGCUUAGACAAUUGUGCAAAGGGGAUGCCGUGAUGGCCCAUCCGUCCGUGAGCAACGCGCUGUCUUACGUGCUCGCACGACAGAUCGACGACAAGGUCGACUACUGCAGGAGACUGAUCUCCACCAGAUUCGAGAAUUCCGAAAAUCUGUUCAAGAAGGACCUGCUGUCCCACUACGGAUGCGUAAACGCGAUCGAGUUCUCGAAUCAGGGGGAUCUGCUCGUGUCCGGAGGUGAUGACAGAAGAGUCUUGUUAUGGCGAGUCGAGCAAGCGAUACAAGGUAUGGGCAAGCCCACCGUGAUGAAAGCCCAACACAACAGCAACAUAUUCUGCCUUGGCUACGACAGCAGCAAAACCAAAAUAUUCUCAGCAGGAAAUGACGACCAAGUUAUAGUUCACAAUUUGCGAACAUGCAACGCCAUCAAUCUUUUCCCUCAUGAAAAACCCGUUUACGGGUUGUCCAUUCAUCCGCACAAUGAUGAUGUAUUUGCCAGCGCCUGCGACGACGGGAGAGUUUUGAUUUACGAUAUACGUAGCACUAGUACCAACGAAACGUUUUGCCUGGCACAAUACAAAAGCGCCUUCCACUCCGUCAUGUUCAAUCCCAUGGAUCCUAGAAUGCUCGCUACUGCCAAUGCUAAGGAGGGAGUCAGUAUGUGGGAUGUCCGAAAACCAUUGGAGCCUGUAAUGUGCUACGGAAGUCCGCAACAAAGCUGCAUGAACGUUAGAUUUAACUCGGUGGGCAAUCGGUUGCUAGCCUUACGAAGAAGACUACCGCCAGUUCUUUACGCCGUCGACUCGGCUACAUAUUUGUACGAGUUCGAUCAUCCCGGAUAUUACAACAGCUGUACCAUGAAAUCCUGCUGUUUCGCAGGCGAAAACGACGAAUAUGUUCUCUCCGGUUCGGAUGAUUUCAAUUUAUACAUGUGGAAAAUUCCACCACCGGGCAGCAAGCCUUGGGUGGAGAACGCGCAUAUGGUGCUGCGGGGUCACAGAUCGAUCGUCAAUCAGGUUCGAUACAACCAAGCGAGCUGUAUAUUCGCGUCGUCCGGUGUCGAGAAGAUAAUUAAGAUUUGGAGUCCGUUCACGCUCGGCAAAGGAUGCUUGGGCGGAUUGAGGAAAGAUUCCGGUAAACGGGAGAAGCAACGCAGAGUGUUCACGCAUGACGAAUACAUAGGGCUGGUUCUACGCAGCGGGCAGUUUAUGACGCACGAUUACAGCCACCAAUCGACGAAGGAGGAUCCGCGAAUGAUGGCCUUCUUCGAUUCACUUGUUCAACGCGAAAUCGAAGGCUGGAGUUCCGAGGAAGUUCACACCGCUCCGCAUACUCCUAGCGACUCCGAAGUCAAUCAGCCAACGGGCGAGCCCGACAGUCCAACGGAUGUUGACGGUUAUACUACAAUUUCAGAGGACGACGAUGCUUCCGAAAGGCCGCUGGAGUCACCGAAUCGCAUAACUCGGCUCAUCGCGAAUCGCAGAGAGAAGCUUCUGCGUAUGGCCGCGAUGGAGCGUUCGUUUUCCGAGAGUGACGACGACAGUGCGCGCGCAAAACGUAGAUCCAAGUCGAAGUCGAAAUCGAAGGACUUCAAGAGAAAAUGCAGCCGUGGAUGCCGAAUUAGAACGUCGACGCCCAAAAAGAGGUUUACAGUGGUUACUAUGUCGAAAGUUAUAUUGACAAAUUUAACGGGAAGUGACGACGAAGGACUGAUCGAUGCCGCUCAACCUAGUACCAGUUCCGGUGUGAUCUCACGAAGAUCGUCGCGGUACGUUAGCGGUGCGAUCGAAAAGAACAAUAAACGUUCGAGAUACAGCAGCAGCAGCAGCAGCUCCGAGGACAACGACGCCCACAGAAAACGAAAAUAUUCCGAGACCGAUUCGGACGCGUCGGUGAAGACGCGCCGACGGAGACAUCGAAAGUACAAGGACAACUCACGACACGAGAACAAGAAUCGGAGCAAACGGCAAAAGCUUGACGACGAUUCGGACGCGGAAAGAACUGCCAGCACGCGAAAUUCUCCGAACAACAGAAAGAUCAGAUCGUCGACGCCGAACAACAAGUCGCUUCAAGUUCCUUGCACUCCCGACAGCGGCAUCAAGUCGGGAGUUUCCUCGACGGAGGGAAGAACCAGCGAACGUAACGGUCGAAACGACGGGAACACAGACGAUUGCUCCGAUCGCGAACAGAAGCAAAACAGUCUUCAUUGUUUUCGGUUAAAGGUUGAGGAGCUGGCGAAACGAAGCUAUCGCCAUCGAACUAUGCCGCCUCGUAAUCACUUGAUCUCGACCUCCAGCGACACUUCCGACUAAAAAAAAAAAAAAAAAAAAAAAAAAACAGCUUUCCCGUUUUUUAAAUUUCCCCGAGCUCCUCUUCUCCGAUGUGCUCCGAUUUUUCUAUCCUCCCUAAAACCCUCUUUCCCUUUGUACAUACAAGUAAUCUGUGAUUCCUUGAAAUAUUGGCCGCGUUCAGCAGAAUUCAGCGCUUUGUGCUUACCGCCUGUGAUUGGCCUGUUCUUCUAAGAUCUUAUCUAUCGCACGUGUGAGAGAGAGAGAGAGAGAGUGUAUGCCAAUGACAAAUAAUAAUCGCAAAGCGCUUUUUCAAAAAAAGCGCACGGUUCUUCUGAACGUGAUCAUUGAUAUUUUUAUAACAUUAAGUUGAAUCACGUUCGAGCAUGCGUACGAUUUCUUUUUUUUUUUUCUGUUUUUCUUUUUCUCAUCUUUUAUUUAGAUCUCAUCGUCCCAACAACAAUUCAAUUCACACGAUGGGAAUUCGUAUAUUCGAUUCUUGUCUCAGUCUAAUUGCUGAUUUCCCUCGUGACGUCUUUAAAUAACGUGUUCGUGAAUUCGUCAGUUAGAUAAGCGAAUUUAUCUAGAAGGUGUUGUUUGAAAUAUCUCAUCUCGUCCCCCUUGUCCCCUCCCCUCUCCCCCUCCCCCUCCCACAUCUCUUCAUCGCCCGUUAAUGCCAUUAUUGUGACUGUCGAUGCUUGAUUACUACUCCGGGACGGUGUCCGAUUAAUUAUUGCGAGAUCAUUAUAAUGAAUCCGACUAAAAUCCCAUAUAUAAUGAAAUUGUGUAUAAUUGAAGUACCGCGACAAACAAGAAAAAAACAAAAAAAACAAAAACAAAAAAAAAAGCAUGGAUUGUAGAUGCGAGCCGCAUUUAGAUUUAAAUGUCCUGCGACGAUUCGACUAUAAUGUCACUGGUGACACACAGUACUUGUGCGAAAGAUGGAAAGUAAUAUAAAAAAAAAAAAACUGAUAUACAUUUUUUUCCUAUGUGUUGAACCUUGAA